AUGGCGUCACUCUCCAACUCAAUUUCCAAAGGAUUGUUGCAUAGUCCAGAAUUGCGUGAGUAUAUGUUGGAGACUUUUGUGUACCCGCGAGAGCCAGAGCUUCUCAAGGAGAUUAGACUUAUAACUUCAAAUAAUCCAAGCUGUUUAAUGGCAACUGCACCAGAAGAUGGUCAACUAAUUGCAUUGUUGUUGAAACUAACAAAUGCCAAAAAGACGAUUGAAAUUGGAGUGUUCACUGAAUAUUCCUUAGUCCUUAAUGCCCUUACAAUUCCUGAUAAUGGCAAGAUUAUAGCUAUAGACCUCUAUCGAGAUGCAUACGAGAUGGAAUCGCCAAUUAUUAAAAAGGCUAACGUUGAGCAUAAAAUUAAUUUUAUUCAGUCCUCGGCAUUAUCAGCCCUUGAUGAACUCUUGAAUGACAAUGACAAUAGAGAAAGUUUCGAUUUUCCUUUCAUCGACGGAGACAAAGUUAGCUAUCAAAAGUACCAUGAGAGAAUGUUAGAAUUGGUGAAAGUGGGAGGUAUUAUAGUAUAUGACAAUACACUAUGGUUUGAGACAGUUGCUAUGCCAGAGGAGUAUGUUAAGGAAACAAUGAAGCCAAAUAGGCAACACAUCAUUGAAUUUAAUAAAUUUUUAGAUUCGGAUACUCGAGUUCAAAUUUCCCAAGUCCCUACAGGUGAUGGAAUCACCAUUUGUUGGCGACUCUAA